AUGUCCCAUCAGCAAUCAGAACUUUUCCAAAAGGUUAGGCCAGCGUGUAUAGAGCUAUCGAGAGAAGCUUUCCUGCCAGCGAGUUCUUUCAAUCCUCAGUCUUUAACAUUACUCAAUGCUCUGCGAUCCGUAGAACAAGAACUUGAGAUACUUGAGGAAACCCAAAGCAACCUGGCACCAGCAUUUGCAGACUAUGUGUUCGUUCCCAUAGCGCACCUGUUGCAGCACCAGGGUCUUGGUACAAGCCAAACAGAAAUGGUUUUACUCAUCAUGGGCCAUUUAUUAUCGUUGUCGUGGUCAUCGGUUGGUGCAUUUCCACUAGCGUUAGCACAACAGCUCUUCCCGCUGCUCAAUUUUUUGAUAAGUAACGACAAGGAAAACAAGGAAUUGUUAGCCAAGUCCGCGGAAUUUCAGUCAGCCGGUUGUAUUGCGCUGAAUAAGCUGUUUAAAGCGUUGGCGGUACAGAAAUCUAGUGACUUCUACAACUACUUCAGUGAUCCCAAGUCUCUUCCUUCUCUGGGACACUCAGUGAUAAUUUUACUGGAUAUUUUGCGAGACAAUGACGAAAACGCGAAUCUACAACUUCAGGCUAUCGAAGCUCUACGGACAUUAUAUGUGGAGUUGCUACACGAUGGUGAAGUCAUCUCAUUCAUUUUGCCGGGAAACGUUUCUACAUUUUCAAAAUUGCUCUUGAAGCCAGGAUUAACCGUCAAGGCCAGUGUGGUGUGCUCUACAAUGGGACUUUUCGGCGCUCUUUUGUCCUUAGUAUAUUCUGACACAGGAUUGCACAUCGCCGAUCUUCCUACUCCAGAUCUACAACAACGGCUUACAGAAACAAGUCAAAAUCCAAUAGUCACCAGACAAAUUGACGAAAGCUCGUUCGGUAAUGUACAUUUGCAUAGAAACAACAAGUGGUUGAACGCAACGGCAGGCCAGGUGAAAACUGCCCUAGAGGCUGUCCUUCCAAGACUUUUGCAGAGGGAGAGCAAUAGCAUCAACAAAUCUGUCAGAGAAUUCUUGGAAACCGUACAACAAAAUUGUCAUCUAUCUCUCAAUAAUUGCCUUGAGCUCUUUGUUAGCACUUCCUUGGACGCCAGAGUAUCGCCAUCAGUGCUUUUAGGUCCGCAAGAAAACUCACAUACACUCAAACGCAUCCUCGAAAACCAAAUUUCGGAGUUCCCUAAAGCUAUACAGUUUGAGAGCGUGGAGGGCCUCAAGAGGUUUGGUUUGGCAGUAUCCGCAAUGGAACAGCAGGGUGAGCGUGAUUAUGAUAUGAUUGACAGAGCCGUGUCACAAUUGCAGCUAUCUUUCAGUGAGUACCUUGAACAGAAAAACCUGCGGUUCAGCAAAGGAAAAGUCCUGGAGCAAAGUUCACUGGUAAUCGUGGGGCAAGAAUUGUUUACUCAAACUACCCAGCUUCAACAACUCUUUCCGAAGGUGUCAAAGAGUCUUGAAGUAACACUGUCUAAUCUUUUCCAAGCCAUAGGUUCUUACUGCGGCAAAAAUGAAACAAACCGCUUGGUGAUGGGACUAUUGGCCAAGAGCUACACAGAUGAUACACGUGGAAAAGCGGUGGGAUUAUGGAUAUCGAGUCUUCUGAUCGAAGGCUCACUGAACCAAGCCAACUCGAUUGAAGAUAGUUUGGAUGAGUUUCUUGUACUUGAUGAUGACAACACUGAUGUACCAGAAGCAUGUUACAUGGUAUUACAAAGCAGUCUAGAGAUUUUGAACAGCGCUUCACAGAAUGGACGCCCGAUCACAAAUAAUGACGAAUUGGACGCCAUGGUUAGCCUUUAUGCUGUCAAGGUAAUGAACAGUUCGAUGAGGUCUGAGUUUGAAGGGGAGCUGAUCGAUGUGCUCUUUCCUGUGGUUGAUUGCUUGGCCUCAUCGUCUCCCGCAAUAAGAAACUUCGCUCAGGCAACCACUAUGGAAAUUGCACAAAGCCAUUACGGCGGUUCGGUCCGCGAUCUGAUUUGGGAAAACAUGGAUUAUUUGAUUGAUGCUAUUUCCACUAGAUUGAGCAAUUGCAUGACUCAAAGAGUCGCUACCUUGCUUAUGGUGAUCUGUCGAAUUGGGGGCUACGAAACGAUUAGAAGUUUUAGAGACGUCCUUGAAACCAUUUUUAGACUUUUGGACUACUAUCAUGGAUAUGAAGAUUUGUGCAUGGAUUUCUUUCAGUUGUUUGGUAUUGUUGUCGGUGAGAUGGCGAAAACAUACCUACAAAAGAAAACGAGCAUUCCAAAGCUUAUAGCAGGAGAAAAAACCCAAGAUGGCUUUAAAAACUGGGGAAUGCAGAAUAUGCAGGAUGUUAUGCAUUUCUUGGAUAGUUUUAAAAACUACAAGUCUGCGGACAAUCUAACGUUCGAGGAAGACGAGGCCUCGGGCCCCAGCAAUUUUGAUGGAUUUUUCAACUCCAAGUUGAGAGAAGUGGAUAGCGAUGAUGAAGACGAUGAAGAUGAAGAAUCGGAAAACGUGGAGGGGUCUCAGCAUCCUGAAAACGAGGAUGGUGCUGACAAUGACUCCAAACAAUGGAGCUCUCCAAUCCCGCGUGAUUCGUACCGACUACUUUUACAAAUUGCAGGAUACGGUGACAGACUUUUGACCCACGAAUCGCGCCCGUUGAAGGUACAGAUUCUGCAAUUGGCGUGCCAAAUAUUCCCCAUGCUUGCUACGGAAUACGACAUGCUUCUCCCGCAAAUCGCCAAGUCAUGGGACCUAAUCGUGCAAAAUUCUAUGGGUGGAGAUUUUGCCCUGGUGAAGCCAGCACUUGAGGGCAUAACAGCGAUGAUCAAAUACUCCGGUGAUUUUGUCACCAAGAGAUUUGUUGAUCUAUGGGGUGCUUACAAAAAAGGCUCCGUUCUUUUACAGAACAUCACUCGAAAACAGUUGAAUUCGGGAAAUUUAAGCGUGAAAGCACUGAAUGGGGCCAAAACACUACCUCCUAACAUCACGACAGAAGCGCACAAAUCUUUGGCCGAGAUGCUGCUCGAAGGAAUCAGCAGAACAGAACUAUUCAUAUCAGAUGUCCAGCUUAGAGAGAUGGUUCACGUCUGUCUGCUAGCUCUACCUGCCGAAGCAGUUUCAUCUCGCUCACUUACUCUUGGAGAUAUGGUGGCAUCUUUCCUUGUCUAG